AUGUUUUUAGAAAAAACAUGGCUUAAUCUUCAGCAUCAUUCUGAUGGAAAGAUCAAGACACCGAAAGAGCUUGAGGGUGCCAUGAGCAAACCUCCUAAAGAAUGUCAGUCUGACAUAUUCGAUCGUAUUCAUGGUUCAAUGAUUGGUAUGGCAUUGGGUGAUGCACUCGGUGCUCAUGUAGAAUUUCGACCUCAUGAAUUUUUGGUCGAGAACCCAGUAGAAACUCUCGAGGGAGGGGGCACUUGGGGUCUAAAGAAAGGACAGUUCACUGAUGAUACAUCGAUGGCACUAUGUCUUGCAAGUUCAUUAAUAGUUCGACAAGAUUAUGAUCCUUACGAUCAAUUAGUUCGCUACAAAUGGUGGUUCCGAGAAGGAUAUAUGUCUUCCACAGGAAAAUGUUUUGAUAUUGGUGCCGCUACAAGACAUUCACUGCUCGAAUUUGAACGUCGUCAAGCAAAUGUUGCUAAAAAAUAUCAUAUUUCUUUGGAGGCCUUAGAUUUGACUUCAGAUCCUGCUCAUCUUAUAGAUUUCGACGUUAAAUGUAGCGCAGAUGGCGUGGCUGGUAAUGGAGCAUUGAUGCGACUUGCUCCUGUACCAUUAUUCUUUUAUCAAUAUCCUAUUUAUGCUGUUGAAUAUUCUGGACAUAGUGGAGAGAUUACUCAUGGUGAUCAGAAAGCAAUUGAUGCAUGUCGUUAUUAUGGUGCUUUAAUUGUAGCCGCUGUCAAAGGCGAAAAAAAGGAAGACUUGCUCGAUGACAAUUUUUACGAUAAACAUAUAAAAUGGUUUGAUAAUAAACCGUUACAUCCAGAUGUCGAGAGUAUUGCACGCGGAUCAUAUAAGAAAAAAGAAGGGUAUGCAGCAGGUAUCCGAGGAAAAGGAUAUAUUGUUAGUGCUCUUGAAGCUGCUUUAUGGGCUUUCUGGUCUGACGAUCCUAAAGAAUCUUUCAAAAAAGAAGUUCUUGCUGCUAUCAAUCUUGGUGAUGAUACAGAUACGACAGCAGCUAUAUAUGGUCAGUUAGCAGGAGCCUGUUAUGGUUAUGAAAAACUUCCUGAAUGGAAAGAAGAAAUUUACGCUAAGAAAUUUAUUAAAUGUUUGAGCCAAUGGAUCGCUUAUGAAGGAACAAAAUGGUCACCAAAAAAAUUAGCACCUUUAACAAAUCCAUCGUUAACAGUUAUUGAGGAUGAUGGUAGACCACGACGCAAAUCAUCUGUCAGUUCUACAUUGCAACCACCUGGUUCAGAAGAGCACACUAACCAUAAUCGACCAAAAUCAGCAGAACAAAGAAAUCUUGGGUCUCAACCUCAGCGAAUUUACAAUUAUGACAAAUUAAAAUCCGCUGAUGAUGUCUGCCAUUGGCUUGAAAAACUCGGUAAAGAAUAUAAGGCUUAUAUAAAGGCUUUCAAGGAGCACGAUAUCAAUGGAUAUUGGCUUAUUAAUCAUAUAGACAAUGAAAACCUUGUGAAACUUGGUGUUAAGGAUGCACAUCAUCAACAAACGAUUCUUAAUGGUAUCAAGAAGUUAAAAGAAGAAUGUCCAGUGCAGUUCGCAACGGUAUUAAAAAAUUAA